CAGCUGAUCUGGUUGUUGUCGGUGUUUUCCUGCUUUUGAGAAGAAGGUCCAAGUAAAAGUUAGCUACCAAUUUUUCAUAUCUUGCUCUUUGUGAACUUUGUGAGAGAGAUUAAAAGGAGCCACUUUGUUUACACCAUGGACGCUUUAGGAGGAGGAUUGAAGCGCCUUGCUGAGGACCAAAUACCGGGAGUCAGUGAUGCAAAGAAGACAAAGUUAUCCGACAACAGUCAACCGUCGCGCGUACUGCAUGUGCGAAGCCUUCCGGCUGCAACGACGGAAUUCGAGGUAGCCGCCCUUGCAGCACCAUUUGGCCGAGUUACUAAUAUUAUGCUACUUCGUCAGCGCAACCAGGCACUGAUGGAGCUGGAAGAUGAAGCUAUUGCGGCUACCUGUUGCAACUAUUAUAACUAUACUCCCGCUAUGAUAAGGGGCCAAACUGUUCAGCUGCAGCAUUCGCGCCACACAGAGUUGCUGCUGUCACCCAGUAACAACGCCACGGGUGGUGCCGCUCAGGCAACACCUGGAACAGAUGGUCCCAACGUUCUACACAUCCUCAUUGACAACAUGAUCUAUCCUGUUACUUUGGAUGUGCUGCAUACGAUUUUCUCCAAGUAUGGGACUGUUUUGCGCAUCAUCACAUUCACGAAGAAUGGCCAGUUCCAGGCAUUGGUUGAGCUUUCUGAUUCUCAUUCCGCAUCUACAGCCAAACUGGCAUUGGAUGGUCAGAAUAUCUAUGACCGAUGUUGCACAAUGAGGAUCGACUCGUCCAAGCUGGCCACUCUGACAGUGAACAGUAAUACAGACCGUCAACGCGACUAUACCAAGCCUGAUGUUUCGGACAAUGUGACCACAGUACGCCCUGUGUUGUUGGGUGGAGGAUCUGCAGCUACCGCCGCCAGCAUUGCUGGCCUGCCAGGCAUGCCCGCGGGCAUGACAGCGCUGCAGAACUUGAUGGCUGGUAACGGUGCAUUGGGUGCGAUGUCUGGUGCCAACAUGGCUGGCCUUGGUGGCAUGUCCACUGCUAGCCCUGUCCUGCUUGUCAGCAAUCUCAACGACGAGACUGUAUCACCCCAGGACCUCUUCAUUCUGUUCGGUGUGUACGGUGAUGUGCAGCGCGUGAAAAUCCUCUUCAACAAGAAAGACACCGCUCUGAUCCAAUUUGCUACUGGUCAGCAGUCUCAGACUGCCCAACGCCAUCUUCACCGCGUCACAUUCCAAACUAAGGUGAUGCAUGUAACCACGUCCAAGCACAACAGCGUCGCCAUGCCCAACGAAGACCAGGAUGCAACACUCACAAAGGAUUUCACUGAUUCUCCCCUGCAUCGCUACAAGCAAUCUGGUUCACAUAAUCUGCAGAACAUCUACCCGCCAUCACCAUCCCUUCAUCUGUCUAAUAUCCCAGCAUCCAUAACACAAGACGAGCUGGAGAGACUGUUCCUGUUGAUCUCACCCUCUCUUGUCACAUUCAAGUGGAUAACCAAUCAGCGGUCAGAAGAGCCUGCAAAGGUAGACAGACGAAUGGCCUUGGUCCAGCUGCCCAGUACAGAGCUUGCCAUCCAGGCGCUUGUGAUGCUACACAACCACAAGUUUGAGGAGAAGCGAUACCUUCGAGUGUCCUUUGCGAAGAACGCCACUGUGCAAUAAAAACUUCUUGAGAUUGUUCCAGCUGGGACUUCUUCACCCAUCUCUCUCUCUCUCUCUCUUUCUUCCUUUUGUUUCCGUUUAUGCUUUAUACCAAGAGUACAUAACCCCCAAGAGUGUGCAACUGCCUGCACAACCACUAUGCUGUGCUGCGACGGCAGAACUUCACAUCACGUGACAUGGUUCAAAAGGUUACGCUGGCAAACAGUGCAAAGUGACCAGAAGAGAGUGGAGCCCGAAGCUGGGUUGUGCACAACCCUGUAUAUAUCAUGCAAAGAGUGCAAAUAAUGUGUACGGGUUCAUCACGUGAUGUGAAGUUCUGCCGUCAUAGCUGGAGUUGCACAUUCUUGGGGGUUAUGUACUCUUGUUUAUACUCUUACCAUGUUUUCAUGAAAGCUCGAAGCACUAUUUUUUUUAAGAUGAUUCACAAAACCAAGCUUAGGUAGUGCACAUUUUAGUGCUUUCUGUAUGUAUAGACUAGCCCCCGGAUGCUACAGUAUGUGGUGCUGAUGAUUACAUAAACACAACUCGUGAAUCAGUAGCUUACCGGUAUGUACAUAUUUCCGCUUAGCAUCAAGAUGACUUUAUCCAACCA